UAUACAGAUGAUAUGACUAUGUCCAACCCUGGCCGCCCCCCAAUUUAAAGCACAGCGCAGACCGCCGCAGGGGUUUAGUGGGUACGCCACGCACCCGGCAUGCCUGCCGGGUGCACUCCGAUCGACAUUAGGAGGGCAGUCCCACAUAACCUGGGUCCCACCCCCGGGGGAGGCGUACCUUACGAGGACCUCCCCGGGACCCGGGUAUCCAUAAAGGAUUCCCCUGCGUAAACAAAAAAAAAGGGCACGGUUAAUGUAUUGCCGAUAACGAAGGAAACGUACAUUUCCUUUACAAAAGAUGUUAAAAAUGCUGCGAUAAACUCCAAGCGGCAAAAUUGUAUAAAGCUGCGAUUCAUUGACUCGUAUAAAUUUCUGAGUACCAGUUUCAAUAGAUUGGCAUCGUUUCUCAAUACAGAUAAAUUAAAAAUUACACGAUCCGAAUUUUCGACAUUAUCCAGCGACGAUUUCAAUUUAUUGACGCGCAAAGGUGUAUUUCCAUAUGAGUAUAUAGAUUGUGCAGACAAGCUGCAGGACCUAUGCAUACCACCGCGCGAUUCAUUUUUUAGUUCUUUGACCGGUGACACCGUAUCCGAGAGCGAUUACGCACAUGCUUUGAAUGUAUGGCAACGAUUCUCCAUCGAAACUCUGGGAGAUUACAGUGAUUUAUAUUUGAAAACCGAUGUCUUGUUAUUGGCUGACAUUUUUGAAAAUUUCCGCAAUAGUAGCAUUAAAAGUUAUGGGUUAGAUCAUGCGCAUUAUUAUACUUUACCAGGUUUCACGUGGGAUGCCAUGAUGAAACAUACGCGUAUAAAUUUCGAACUGCUCACUGACAUUGACAUGGUUAUGUUUGUGGAAUGCGGCAUACGCGGUGGUCUCACAAUCAGUCAAUGUUCCGGUAGAUAUGCUCGAGCCAAUAACAAGUACAUGCAGUCUUACGAUCCCGCGAAACCUUCCUCGUACCUGAUGUACUUUGACGUAAAUAAUCUGUACGGGUGGGCAAUGUGUCAGCUGCUGCCUUACGCGAAUUUUCAAUGGGUCACUAACGUUGCUGAUUUUAAUGCAAACGCGAUCGCUCCGGAUGCACUCACGGGGUACAUUCUCGAAGUCGAUCUCGAGUAUCCACAGCAUCUUCACGACGCGCACGCCGAUCUACCGUUUUGUCCAACGCGUGAUAAGCCACCCGGCAAGCGGCAGAACAAACUUCUCGCGACAGUGUAUGAUAAGAAGCGUUACAUCAUACACUACCGUAACCUGCAGCAGUGCACGCGUCACGGCCUGCGCGUCAUAAAGAUACAUCGUAUAUUGGAGUUUUCACAAUCUCCAUGGCUUCGCAAAUACAUAUAUCGAGCUUAAUACUCAGUUUAGAACAUGCGCGACAAACGAUUUCGAAAAAAAUUUGUACAAAUUAAUGAACAACGCGGUAUUCGGUAAAACAAUGGAAAACGUGCGGAAUCACGUCGACGUUAAACUUAUAACUAAAUGGGACGGUCGCUACGGUGCCGAGGCGAUGAUCUCCAAACCGAAUUUUCAUAGUCGCAGCAUUUUUUCCGAAAACUUAAUUGUCGUAGAGUUGCGAAAACUCGAGGUAAAAUUCAACAAGCCGAUCUACGUGGGUAUGUGCAUCCUCGACAUAUCCAAGAUCUGCUUGUAUGAAUUUCACCAUGAAUAUAUGCUACCCCUGUACAGAGACAAGUGUAAAAUUAUGUACACCGAUACGGACAGUCUCAUAUACCACGUCGAGUGCGAGGAUGUAUACGAGACUGUGAAACGCGAUAUACGCAGAUUCGACACGAGCGAUUAUCCAGAUGACAACGCGUAUGGUAUACCGCAUGCAAAUAAGAAAGUCCCCGGUCUCAUGAAAGAUGAGAAUAAUGGGGCAAUUAUGACCGAAUUCGUCGGACUCAGGGCGAAAAUGUAUGCUUUGAGAGUAGACGGUAAAAACGACGCGAAAAGGGCGAAGGGGGUUAAAAGCAACGUGGUAGCGCGAACAAUAACUUUUGACGAUUACACGCGAUGCUUGAGAGACGAGAUCGAGAUGACUCGUCGCCAGUCGUGCAUACGAUCGAAGCUACAUCAAGUCUACACCGUAUCCGAGAC